CGCAAAUUGCGUUAUGGUUAGUGGCGAGGCUUCUCAGCUGGUUAGCCAAACAUCCACAGAAAAAGAGAUGAGCAGGAAAACGAGACGAAGAAAGCAAGAACAUUUUAUUUCAACCAGAAAAAUAGCGACAGAAAGAAAAUCUGUUUAGGUGCUACAUUGAAACUCAUCACAACAUUCUUCACACCCAGGGGCCAAAGCUUCACCAGCUGUUCCAUCGGACCAAGCAGUUAUGUGACAGAUUAUCUGUCUGAACGUGGACAAGUACAGAGAUCUAGUACUUGCAGCAGCACUCUAAACCAGUUAGCUUAAGACUAAUGGCAAUUAAUCACACAACUAAAGUAUAUGGCCAUAACAGAAUAUCAGAUGUGAAAAAGAGGAACCUCUGAAGUUCCCCAAUUAGUUUUUUUUGUUGUUAUUUUUAUUUUUUUUAUUUUUUUUGAUAAACUCAACACAUUCCUGCUGUCUAACUAUAAUCACUAGGGUUGGGUGCAUGGGUGUUGUGACAACAGGCUAUUGUCAUGGUGGCUUGGUAUGUCUAAGUCUGAAGCUAGUGUAGCUUCUCAGUUUCAUAUAGAAUGUUAGCAUAUGGCUAGCUACAUAUGGUGACUUCCCCCUUGAUUGCCAUCUCUGGCCCCUACAAGGGGGUGUAAACUCAUUGGUAGUGGUACCCCCUUACCCCAUCAUCUUUUCAUUUCUCUUUCAUUCAAUCAUCCAACCACUCACCCAACAAUCAUUUUGCUUUUGCCCCAUCUUUCACUCUCAUCCACCCUCAAUCAUUCUUGUAUGGGUACUAAGCAAUCUUAAACUCCGCCUAACUAAGCGCAGGUUCUUUAUGAGAUCCUAUUCUUUCCUUUAAACUCAUCUCACAUCUGUCCCAUUUCAGCUUAAGGUACCACAGCCCAGUCUCUGCUUUAUUUUUUAUCAAUCCCCAGCCCCAGUGUAACGUACAGUCUGGCAGCGUGGAAAAUCCUCAAGUCUGAUAGUUAAGCCGCUAGGCAGUUGUUUUGGUGGUUGUUUGGUUGCAUGGAAUAGGCUUAACCGUGGAGAGGCCAGGCUACCACAAACUGAUGGACUUUGACAAACGAGGAGUUGGGGGAGGAGGGGGCGGAGGAGGAGGUGGUGGUGGUGGAGGAGGAGGUGGAGGGAAGGGGGAGACAGAGGAAGGGAAGAGGAUGUCUGGGAAGACAGGGAGUCGAUCGGGGCACGGUGGCCGGGGUGCCGGCUCCAACUCCGGGGUUCUGAUGGUCGGACCAAACUUUCGUGUAGGAAAGAAGAUCGGCUGUGGGAACUUUGGAGAACUGCGACUUGGAAAGAACCUGUACACUAACGAAUACGUGGCUAUCAAACUGGAGCCAAUCAAGUCACGGGCACCACAGCUCCAUCUAGAAUAUCGCUUCUACAAACAGCUGGGAAGUUCAGAGGGUGUACCACAGGUGUUUUACUUUGGACCGUGUGGUAAAUAUAAUGCUAUGGUUCUGGAGCUACUGGGACCGAGCUUAGAGGAUCUGUUUGACCUCUGUGAUCGGACCUUCUCUUUAAAGACUGUACUCAUGAUAGCCAUACAACUGAUAACCCGUAUGGAGUUUGUCCACACCAGAAGCCUGAUCUAUCGAGACGUAAAGCCAGAGAACUUCCUGGUGGGCCGACCUGGCUCCAAACGGCAACACACCAUCCACAUUAUAGACUUUGGCCUGGCAAAAGAAUACAUAGACCCAGAGACCAAAAAACACAUCCCAUACAGAGAACACAAGAGUCUGACUGGAACUGCUAGAUACAUGAGCAUCAAUACACAUCUGGGGAAAGAGCAAAGCAGGCGGGAUGACCUGGAGGCUCUAGGCCACAUGUUCAUGUACUUCCUGCGAGGCAGUCUACCUUGGCAGGGACUCAAGGCUGACACUCUGAAAGAACGUUAUCAGAAGAUAGGAGACACAAAGAGAGACACACCAAUAGAAGUCCUUUGUGAGAGUUUCCCAGAAGAGAUGGCCACAUACCUGCGGUAUGUGCGUCGGCUGGACUUCUUCGAGAAGCCAGACUACGACUAUCUGAGGAAACUCUUCACUGACCUCUUUGACAGAAAUGGAUACAUCUUUGACUACCAGUAUGACUGGACUGGAAAGCCACUGCCCACUCCUAUUGGUCCAGUGGCCAGCGAGACUCCACUUCAGACGAGCAACCGAGAGAAAGCACCACAGACCAAAAACCAGUCUCCAGAGGGGAAAGGCAGUGAGUCCCAGCCCACUCCAGUGACCAAUCGAGAGCUGCUGGGCUCCCAUCUCACUGCUGAUAGGCUGGGCGGGUCUGUCCAGGUGAUGAGUUCAACCAAUGGUGAGCUGAAUACAGAUGACCCUACGGCAGGACACUCCAACGCACCAAUCACAGCCAAUGCAGAGGUGGAGGUGGCUGAUGAUACCAAGUGCUGCUGUUUCUUCAAGAGGAGGAAGAGGAAAGCUCUCCAAAGACACAAAUGAAAAGAAGAGACGAGAGAGAAACCCCCGCUCUCUUUUUCACAAUUUCUUUUUCCUUCUCUCUUUCUGUAGUCCUCAUAUAACCUUCUCUCUCUUCCUCCCUCAGUCCCCCUCUCCCCCUUUCUCCUCUGCUGUUGGAGGUCCGGUAGUCUACCUUGGGUUGGCUAGACUGGCUGGAUCACCAGGCAGCAAAAUAUGUUUGCAAAGCUGAUCUACUGGUUUCUACUGCUCUGAACUGACCAAACAGACAGACAGUAACAAGAGUUUGCUGUUCCACCCCAGAGCUUUAAAUGUGGACUUAGAGGAGGGAGGUGGACUCAGGGGUGGACUCUUCAUGUAUUUAUGGUCACAAACUGAACUGAAACUGGAUCAACACAAACUGCUGUGACCACAAAUGAACAGUUGAUAGACUGUGAAAGGCAAGCUGAUGGGCUGACAGACUGGAUUCAACUGGUCUCCUGAUAGACUGGCUACUUGUCUAUUUUUUUUUUUUCUUCCUUACUGACUGGUUCAGAGGAGAGAGAUGUGAAUUUCAGAGGAGAUACAGAAGAGAGGACAACAGAAGGACAGGAUGCAACGAGACUUGUCAGACCACACAUACACACAAAACACACACACACACAUAGAAACACACUGCACACUGUCUUAAGCUCAUCAUAAAGAGACUUCAUAGACAAAAAGUUGUGGCUCUCGCACAUAGUCGAUAAAGUUUUUAUUCCCUGGGGUCAAAGGAAGUACACACUGAGCGGUUCGGUCUAUUUCCUGUAAUGGAUCCGACUCAGUGUACUUUUCACAUUCACCCUCAGAGGAAAACCUCACAACCACAAGAAUCAAAAGUUUAAGAGAGAUGUUUAUGUAAAAACUAUGCUUUUUUCUGUUUUAAUUUGUAACUAAAAAAGUCUGUCUGCAAUUUGAAUCCUGUGUUUUUUCUGUCUUUUUGAGUUGUUCAAAAAGUUUGUUUUGUAGCUUCUAGUGUGUUCCUCAAAAUGUAAUUUUUUAAUAACUUCUAUUUUUAAUUUUCUGAUGUUUUGUUUUUUUUCCUCUUUCUCUUUGGGUUUGAGGAUGGAAAGUCAGAUAACUCCAUUAAAAAACAACCAAACAAAAUAAAAACUGAUCGUUA